AUGUAUGAUAGCAAAAAUCCACUGAUGAAGAACAGCAGGGUGAUAAUGAGUCGGAUGCCAAAGAGAAAGAGCUUGACUGGCAGAGAGAAACGCCAGAGAGAUAAAGAACGCAAGAAGGAGAAGAGGCAGGAGCAGUCCUUGCUACCAUCAGAUCCUCCUCCAGAUUCUGCUGUUCCGGCUGGAACAGUAGAUGGAGCUAUCUCAGCUCCACCCAGUAAUUUUCCGGGUCAAGGCUCUAUAGGGUUGCCUCCUUUUGAGGAAAAACCCUUGGCCAGGUUGCAGGCCUCUCUUCGCGAGAAAAUGCAACCAACCGCCCUGAGUAACGCAUCUUCUCAGGGAAGUCGUCUGUGUGCCCGAAACGGAGGCAUGGCACCGUCCCCUGACUCCCCACCGUGGGUUUGUACUCCAGCGAGGGUACCUGAGCCGGACACCGUGCACGUGUCUGGCUCAGCAGGUCAGGCGCAGCUGGAUAUGUCAUCCUCUCAGGGGGAUGAGUCCAGCAGGAUAUUGAUUGAUGCAAACCAGAGUAAAAGAACGAGAUCUAAAAGGAAUAUUAAAAGGAAUUUACAUGAUGAAAAUGAGAAUAUAGAUAGUAUACAUGAGAGAAAUAAAUUAGAGUGCAGAAUUGGAAGACUGUGUACUGGUGAACUUGGUGUUGACUAUGCUUGUGUAAGUAAAGAUGAACCCGUAACAUUGGACAAGGUAUGUACUAGAAUUCAAGGAUCUUUUCAUCAAGGUGACUUAAUGUUUGGUGAAAAUGCAGGAACUCAAUGUGUUGCGAACUCUUUAGCAGCAUUAGCAUACCAUAAAGUAAAGAAUUCUAAUCAGUGGCAAACAUCAGAUAUGAAUAAAGUGUUAGCAACAGGAGAUGAGCUUUAUACGUACUUGCAGCGUAGUUCUACCAUUGUCAUUAGUCAGUUUGCAACAACUGAUAAACAUGUAAUUGAAAUUGAGCGAGGAAAAUGUACUCAGCAAAAUAAAGACUUGAAUUUAGCAGUUCAAGAAAACAUAGACCUUUUGACUGCAAAUGUUCAGUCCGAUGCUAAUGGUUUUCAAUCAGUUGCCAAUGAUGAUGUUGAACUCAUUUGUAGUGAAAGUCAUAGUAUUAGUUUUCUGCCACUUUCUAACACAGUGAAAUUACAGCUUUGUCAGACCCUGGGAAUACCACAGUCAGAUACAAAUAGUAAUGUUGAACAGGAUUGCUUUGUGCAAGAAGCAGGUGCACCUACUGAAUAUGUUGAAAUUGAAGGGGACGGAAAUUGUUUUUUCAGGGCCAUUUCAUUUUGUUUGAUUGGAGUAGAGGAUUAUCAUUAUGCAAUACGAUCAGCAGUGUGUAAACAUCUACUACAAAAUAGAAUAUUGUUUGAAACUUUUGUAAGAUCUACAGAAAGUUCUGUUGAAAAUCACUUGAAUUUAACAGGUAUGUCAAAAGAUGGUACAUGGGCAACUGAAAUGGAAAUUCUUGCUCUCUCUCACCUCUUGAGCACUGACAUACAUACAUAUACAGAAAAUCACUGGGUUACAUUCUCAGGAAAACAGGUAGAACCUAUGAAUGUUCAAAGCACAGGAUCAUUUUAUUUAGUUCAUCAGGAUCAGAAUCAUUAUAAUGUAGUGGUGUCAGUUACUGAGAAAGAAACAGUUAGUUCCAUGGAAAAAAAUGCUCUGUAUGUUGGCAAGAAAGGCUACAGAAAAAGACGUAGAAAUCGAAUUCGUAUGAGGGAAAUGCGUAUCUUUUCAAUGGCCAAAAAAUUAAGUACAAAUCAUGAAAAGAAACUAAAGAAUGAAAAUUACACAGAAAGGAAAUUAAGAGCAGCAAAACUGAAGUACAAAACUGACCUUCAAUUUAGAUUAAAGGCAAUCGCAAAUGGUAAGGAAAGAUAUAAAAGUGAUGGAAUUUUCAAAGCAAAGGCAAAACAAAGGAGCUUGGAAGCUUCUAAAAGAAAAUAUACAACAGAUAGUAUCCAUAAACAAUACAGGAAGAGAAGAAGUAUUGAGAAAUAUAGGUCAGAUAUAGUACAUAGAGAGAGUGUUAAACAAAGAAGUAUGGAUAAGUACAAGAAUGAUCAAGAACACAGAAAAGAUGUUAAACAAAGAAGUAAAGAAAAGUACAAGAAUGAUGAAGAACAUAGACGUAAGGUUAAGGCUGUUAAUAAAGUAAAGUAUCAUUUUAGUGCUGCUGAGAAAAAGAAGAAGAAGGAGAAUGUCCUGAAUCAGAGACGAGCACUUAAAGUAAAGUUGGAUGAUGAAGAAGAAGUUAUGAAAUUGUUUAAGGAAAGUGUGAGAGAUGGCCCAGACUACAUAUGUUGCUGUUGUAAUCGUUUACUGUUUGAACAUCAAGUCCAACGAUGCACACUUGAAAUGUAUGAGAAAAGACAUGAAGCUUAUAAAAUUGCACAGAUUUGUAUACAGAAGAAAUGCUCCCAUGAUUGUACAUUGUCUUGUCCAGAGUAUUGCCCCCAUUCAUCAUUGUGGAUAUGCUUUACUUGUCAUAGGAAAAUAUUGAAUGGGAAUAUUCCAGCAGAGGCAGCUGUUAAUAAAAUGUCAUUAGAGGAAAUUCCAUGCGAGCUUAGCAGUUUAAACAGUUUGGAGCAGCAUUUAAUUGCUUUGCAUAUUCCCUUUAUGAAAGUGAUGGCUCUUCCACAAGGUGGUCAAAGGAAUGUACAUGGGCCUGUUGUUUGUGUGCCAUCAAAUAUGGAAAAGGCAACAGCUUUACCAAGAAACAGGGAUGACAAUUUAUUGUUAAGAGUUAAGUUAAAACGAAAGCUAGCGUACAAGGGCUAUUACGAAUACCAAUUUGUUAAUCCAACUCAUGUUAACAUGGCUCUUGAUUAUUUAAGGAAAGAAAACAAAUGGUAUAAAGACGUAGUGAUCAAUACCUUGUGGGAAGGAAAUAGUGACCAAAAUGAUUUGCUAUUUAAUGAGACUAGUGAAUUUGUAGAUGAAGAAGUGAAAGAAGAUGAGAGAGAUGAAAAUCCAGUUGCUACUGACACAUGUUUACAGCCAGUAGAUGUGGCACAAGAAGUUCUUGAUCAUUACUUUGAUGAUGUUUACAAUAUAGCACCAGGCGAAGGGAAAAAUCCAGUCCGAAUGUUGCAAGAAGAAGGAAACGAGGCAAAAUCAUUUCCACAUUUAUUUCCAAGUGGCAACUUUUCUUGGAAUGAAGAUCGAGAUGUGAAAAUAACCCUAUCAAGAUAUUUUAACAACAGACUUAUGAAUGCUGAUAACAGAUUUGCUAAGGACACAAAUUACAUCUUCUUCUCUCAAUACAUGUCAGAAUUGAACCAAGUAAUAGAGAAAACACAAAUUUCAAUUCGAAAGUCUUUUUCAAAGCUUGAUAGUGGAAAUGCAGUAACAUCUGAAAUGUUACAGAAUCCUGAUGUUCUCUCAAGACUCUUAAGAAAUGAUGAAGCUUUACGGUUUAUGCAACCUAUUCGAGGAACACCUGCAUAUUGGUCGGCUUCUCAGAAAGAUCUGUUCGCUAUGCUUCGACAGUUAGGUAUCCCAACGUGGUUUUGUUCAUUUUCUGCAGCUGAAUACAGAUGGAACGAAAUAAUUGCAUCAAUUUUAUUUCAAGAAAAUGAUUCUAGAUCCCCUUCUGAUUUAGACUGGUCAGAAAAGAGUGAGAUUUUGAGAAGCAAUCCAGUUACUGUUGCCAGAAUGUUUGAACACAGAUUUCAUAUGUUUCAAAGACAUGUAAUAUUGUCACCUUCAAAACCUAUAGGAAAUGUUAUUGAUUUUUUUGUGAGAGUAGAAUUUCAACAAAGGGGCUCUCCACACAUGCACUGCUUGUACUGGGUUGAGAAUGCACCAAAAUUUGAAGAAGAUGGUGAUAAAACUGUUUGUGAUUUCAUUGAUAAAUAUAUCACAUGCGCUUUACCAGCUGAAAAUGAUGACCAAGAGCUGCGAAAAAUUGUUUUAGGUGUUCAACAACAUAGUAAGAACCAUUCAAAAUCCUGUAGGAAAAAGGGAACAGACUGUAGAUUCCAUUUUCCAAGACCACCAUCAGAAAGAACAUUUAUUACAAGACAAUGUGAGGAGAAAGAGGAAGACUCUGAGAAAUUCGAUGGAUUAAGUAAAUCUCAGGCUAAAGACAUUUUGUUGCAUGUUUGGAAUGAAGUUCUUGAUGAUAUGAAUGAAGGCAAAACUGCAGAGGAAAUAUUUUCUAAGAUGCACUUAUCACAGGAUACUUACGAAAUGGCCCACAGGGUAUUAUCUGCAAAAACAAGUACUAUCUUGAAACGAAAUCCAGAUGAAAUGUGGACAAACCAAUACAACACAUGCCUUCUCAGAUGUUGGGAUGCGAAUAUGGACAUACAGUAUGUCCUAGACCCAUUUAGCUGUAUUGUAUACAUAAUUUCAUACAUAUCAAAGUCAGAACGUGAAAUGGGAAUGUUGUUAAAACAAACUCAAGUAGAAUCUGUAGAGGGAAAUUUAAGUGCUCGUCAAACAAUACGAAGAAUUGGAUCAGCUUAUCUUAAUCAUAGAGAAGUGAGUGCCCAAGAAGCAGUUUACAGAGUUUGUAAUCUAAAAAUGAAAGAGGGAUCAAGAAAAGUGGUGUUUGUUCCAGUUGGUGAAAAUCCGACUCGACUGAGUAAACCCGUCACAAAUGAAAAGAACAUGUAA